CGUUUAUAAAAAUUGGGGAAAAAAAACCAUGUUUAUAAAAAUUGAAAAAAAAAGUGCUUGAGAAUAAAGAAUCUUAUUUUUAAAAUUGUCAUUGAGUUGGGAGAACUAUGAAGAGGAAGACAGGGCCUCUUAAUCAUAUGGCCUUAAAAGUCAGUGGCUGACUUGGAAAAAAUGAAGAAAAGCACAAUACUGCAGAGGAAUGCAAAGAAAAGCCUAUUUGCAGAGAGACAUAGGUAGGUACAUCCUAUGAAGUAUAGGUGUUCUACUUAAUGAUAUCAAUAAUAAUGACUGGGCAUUGUCUCUACACAGGCUUAUUCUGAUGGGUCAUCUCUCAUGGAGAUAUCUCUAUAUUCUCUCUCUCUUUUUUUUAUUAUAGCUUUUUAUUUACAAAAUAUAUGCAUGGGUAAUUUUUCAGCAUUGACAAUUGCAAAACCUUUUGCUCCAAUUUUUCUCCUCCUUCCCCCCACCCCCUCCCCUAGAUGGCAAGUAGACCAAUACAUGUUAAAUAAGUUAAAGUAUAUGUUAAAUACAAUAUAUGUAUAUAUGUCCAUACAGUUAUUUUGCUGCACAAGAAAAAUUAGACUUAGAAAUAAGGUAAAAAUAACCUGAAAAGGAAAUCAAAAAUGCAAGAGGGAUGACCUUAUAUUCUCAAGCUCAAGUGGGUUCGAUUAAACUAGAAAGGCUUUAAGAGCAUGGCACAAUAUUUUUUUAUAGGCGCAAUAGCUAUUUUUUCAAGGAGCAAGCCUAGUUAAGUUCGUCACCAAAUAAUGUAUUUUUAGCUGCAGCAAUUCAUUAAAGCAACUAGUAAUGUGUGGAAGGGCUGUGGUCUGUGAUAUGCAUCAGUGAAAGGUACACUGAAGAACUAUCCUGAAGUCUCUUGAAUUCUCCUAUUUUCUUUUUAAAUGCUUAAUCAUGCUCUUUUGCUUGUCCUUAAAAACUUUUUUUUUUAAAUGUCACUGUUACUUCCCCUCUAUUGAGGGCAGGGCUGCAGUACCAGGGCUGGACUCAGGCAGACUCAUCUUCUGAGUUCAAAUCUGGCUUCAUACAUUUACUAGUUGUAUGAUCCUGGGCAAGUCACUUAACCCUGUUUGCUUCAGUUUGUUCAUCCGUAAAAUGAGCUGGAGAAGGAAAUGGCAAAUCGUUCCAAUAUCUUUGCCAAGAAAACCCCAAAUGGGGUCACAGAGAUUCAGACAUGAAUGAAACAACUGAACAACAUAUUUCCCAAUGACACACUGACUACCUCUGAAAACAUAUGUCUUAUUCCAUACCAAUUGCCCACUACUUCCCUGUUAACUGUGUGUUUAUGGGGAAGAGAGAGGAAGGCAGUUAACUCUGGUGAAAUCUUAAAAUUCAUUAUCAAAAAUCAUCAGUUCCUUUAUCUGGGGCUCAGAGAACAAAGCAAUAGCAUGUUAAUACCAGAGUAGUCUCUACCCUCCUACACCUACUCUAUUAAUAUACAUAGUUAUUAAUGUGUCAGAUUCCUACACUUUGUCCUGUCUAUCCAGUUUUUCCUUCUAAGGGAGGAAUUCCCUUUAAUAAAGCCAGAUUAUUUCAUCCUGUCACAAAUGGAAAUAGAUAUUGGACAUCCUUAAAGUUGCCACAGAUAUUUUCAUCCUGACUACGGCUAGCAAACCUGACUUGUGAGAAGUGUGAUUGGGGACAGAAACAUUGUUAGUGAGUUCUUAGGUUCUCACUUUCACCAAGCCCCUCCUCUUUGCUGCUUAUGCCAACUCACUGGGCAUGCUGGGAAAACCACCUAUCCUGCCUCCAUCCUAGGUCCAAAGUUUACCGUAAGCCCAGGAACCGAGAACAGCUGGAAGCUUCACACCACUGGGCUCGACUGCCUCCUCUCAGGUACUGAGGGACACAAUCCUUAAUGUUAAGAAUGGAGUCCAAGUGGGGCAAGAAUUAAGUGUCAAUUUGGGGAGGAAAGAAAACCUGAUGACCUUCAUGUGGAAGUUGAGUGUGGCAAGAGUGAUGGCUCGUGUGGGCUGAGCAGGAUGAGAGAGAAAAUGGGAAUUUUGAGAAAGGGCUGAAAAGUGCAGCUAAUUCCAGACCAUUGGAAAAGGAAUCUCUGAGAAACUGAGGCUCCUGGCAACAGAGGGGGGAAAAAAAAGGUGGAAAAACUACAAAAGGCUAGUGCCUGAGAGGAAAGCCUGAAUAUAGGUCCUGCAGAAGGGAGUAAAUGGGAAGGCUAAAAGCUAUCAAGAACAAAAUGCUUCUCCUUCCUCAUUCUCAGGUGUUUAGAACCCAUCUGAAGUCCAAGGCCAAUGGCAACCAGAGAAGAUGAAGUACGGAGCUGUGCUGUCUGUGGGGACAGGGCCACUGGCUAUCACUUCCGCCUAACCUGUGAGGGCUGCAAAGGAUUCUUCAGGCGAACUGUCAAGAAGGGUAUGGGAUUCAUCUGUCCUUUUGAAAAAUGCUGUGAGGUUAACAAAAACCAGAGACGCCAUUGCCCAGCUUGUCGGCUACAGAAAUGCCUGGAUGCAGGCAUGAGAAAGGACAUGAUCCUGUCAGCAGAAGCCCUGGCACAGAGGCGGGCAAGGCAGGCACAAAAGGCACAAAAGGCAGAGCAGGAACCUGUACAGCUGAGUGAGAAGCAGGAGGCAUUAGUCCAGGUGUUACUGGGGGCUCAUGCCCGUCACGUGGGCACCAUAUUAUUUGACCAGUUUGUACAAUUCCGGCCCCCAGCCCAUCUGUUCAUCCAUAACCAGCCCACACCCUCUCUACCACCUGUGCUGCCACUGCUUAUGCAUCUAGCAGAUAUCAGCACUUUCAUGGUACAGCAAGUGAUCAAGUUCACCAAGGACCUGCCUCAUUUCCGGUCUCUGCCCAUAGAAGAUCAAAUCUCCUUAUUGAAGGGUGCAGCCCUAGAAAUCUGUCACAUUGAGCUCAACACCACUUUCUGCCCCCACAGCCACACUUUUCUGUGUGGUCCUCUCCGAUAUACUCUCCAAGAUGCAGCUCAUGUGGGAUUCCAGGAGCAGUUUCUGGAGCUGAUGUUUCGUUUCCAUGUGACACUGAGGCGUUUGCAGCUGCAGGAGCCUGAGUAUGCACUUAUGGCAGCCUUGGCUCUCUUCUCUCCAGAUCGACCUGGUGUGACACAACAACAGAUUGACCAGCUACAAGAGGAGAUGGCAUUGACACUGCAGAGUUACAUCAGGGGCCAGCAAGCUCGGCCCCAAGGCCGGUUCUUGUAUGCAAAGAUGCUUGGGCUACUGGCAGAACUUCGAAGUCUCAACAUGGAAUAUGGACGCCAGCUCCAGCACAUUCACGAGCUGUCCGCCAUGAUGCCUCUGCUACAGGAAAUCUACAGCUGAGAUGUUGCUCACCCGUAUCCCCCAGCACAUCCUCACCUAACAAGUUGUCCUUACCUACCCACCUGAGAGAUUCCCCAAACAUCUACUUUAGCAAUAGCAGCAGCUGGCUCUGCCCUUCCCCUUUGCAUGGUUCCCACAGGGCCAUGGAGAAUAUCUUGUCCAGAACUGAAG